AUUUAAAAAUAAAUUUUAAUUAUGAUAUGCAUUUUAACAUUUAUAUAAAUAUAUAUCAGAGCCUAAAUAUAAAUAAUUUAACAACUUAAAUUAGAAAAAAUAAAAAUCCCGGGCGUAGCCCGGGUUAAUCCCUAGUCAAAGAAUAAAACCCAAAUCAUAUCUCUCUGUAUGGACCUAUCAGAAAUGGUCCUAAAAUUUAUAUUUAUAUAUAGACAUUAUGUGGUGGGGAAAAAUGAAGAGUGACGCUAUUGGUGAGGAGAAAGUCCACGUGGACUUUAGCUUUUCCAUAGUGGUAGAAUAGAUGGUUGCUGCUUAUUGGUCCAGCGCUCUGUUUGGACCAAAAUCUCAAACCCAUAUCACGAUAGAUACGCUUAGAGCAAGAGCAUUAGAGGUUCAAGAGGAGGUUCACACGUUUUACGAGAAAAAAAAAAUAUUAAAAAAAGCAAAAGUGAUGAACUCACCCCUUUUCACCUCUUCUGCAUGAUACCCUCUCUCUUAAAGUUCAUCACUGUAGCGCGGGCCCCACGACACGUGGCGGCCCGCGAUUGGUCAAUUUUUUUUUUUUUUUUUUAAAAAAAAAAAAAAUCAAAAUGAGGAAAAGAAAAACUUUAAUAAUAAAAAAUUAAGAAGGUGAACCCCAAAGGGGGGUUCACUGAUGCUCAUGCUCUUAUAUCUAUAUCUUGUCGUGCUUUUUAAAUUCAAAACUCAACAGUCCUCUUACUAUUGGUUCCCUUUCUUUAUUAUUUAUCUGUACUUGUUUGGCUCGAUAUAAUCCUGAACACGUGUGUAUAUGUAUGUUAUGUAUACGUACGCCACAUAGUUCAUAUAUAUACACAGCGGACAGAUGCAUGUAUAUGAUGUACAUAAUAUAUACACGUAAAUUAUUGUAUGUUAAUGUGACUGUUUGAACUUUAUAUUUUAGCUAUAUUUAUUUUUAACGAGUAUAAAGUACCUAUACAAGUCUCUCAUAUUUAUUCAAAUUAAAUUUUGAAGUCUAAAGAGCAUCAUCCACAAUCACAAUUUAUUGAUGAGUCUUUCACUUCAAAAAAAAAAGUAAUUAAAAAGAGAGAAGCACUCCUUCAUGCUGCUUCCCUCAUCUACUCCACAUCUGAAUUCACAUCUAAGCAAUCUACUCACGCUAGUAGCGGUCGACGAAACUCUAUAGGGUCCUCGUGUUCACCGUUUGUCAUUUUGGUCUUAUUCUUCGUUCUUGUAGGACCUGCAGAUGGGUUUGCUAACGCAUGUCUAUCAACCCAUCUUGCAAGAGGCACAACUACUAUCUAAUUCUGCUUUCAGUGAAAUUUUAUGUUGCUAAAAAAAGUAAUUAAAAAGAGGGAAUGGUAAUUUUUUCAUAUAUGAAAACUUUUAAGAUAAUUUUACGAAAUUCGUCUAGCACUUUUCUUACAUAUUUAUUUUGCAUUAUUUAAAUUUAAAAUAACAUAACUAUGUAAGAUUUAUAGAUAUAUAAUCAUUUAGACUUUAUAUGAAUAGACUUUAUACUAAUUAAGCACGAUUGAUGCGUUAGCUAGUUUCCGUUUUUAUAAACCACUUCCAGGAAUAGGUUAGUUACAUUAUGGAGUAAUAAUUUUCAUACAAAUCAGCGUAGAUAUAUUGAUAAUAUGUAUAACUAUAUAUGGACAUUUUGAUCCGUUGAUCGUAUAUAUAUUUCGGUAUUUAGUAAAACAUAUAAGGUGACCAAAAAAAAAAGAUGUAAAACAUACGGUUAAUCAUUUACAUUGUGUAAAUUACUUAGUUCUUCAUAUAUAUCGAAUAUUUAUACGUGCGAUGAUCUAUACUUCAUUUUAUGUUAAUUCGAAUACGUAUAUAUAAUAAAUAUAUGACUGAUUGGCUAUUCAUUUAAUUACAUCUUUUUGUUUUGUUGUUGUGCCAUCGAUUCGUGUAUGAAGUUUUGUCUUCAACAUAAAUAUGUUGAAAUGCAUCGUUGAUGAGGGACACAUAACACAUACGAAACCAAUCAUAAAAUAAUUUAUUCUCAUACGCUAAACACUUGCCCUAGCCACGUGUUCAAAUCCUUACUUUCCUCUUCUAUCUCUCAUACUUUCAAACUUUCAGCAUAUAACUCUUUUUUCCCAUCUUUUAUACAUCAAAACACCAUAAAUGAACAGCUAAACUACUAACCCUACCGGAGAGAUAGAGAGAUGAAGACAGACUACGGAAAGCAGCGGGAAGCUUCUGCUUGCGAUGAUGUUACAGAUCAAGACAAGACCGUUGUAAGCAGGAUAAUGCAACGGUUCCGUCCAAUCGCACCAAAACCACCUGUCGGCGAAUCUUCUGACGACACAAAGAGUUGCAGAUUCCUCCGAAGAAACCGAAGAUUUAAACGAAAGUAUGUUAGGGUUCAGAAUAAAAACAUCAGUAGUGAUAGAAGUAAUAAUAAUAAAGAUAUGAUAUGUAGUAAUAAGAAAGCUUGCGGCGAUGGAGAGAAGAUAAAGACGGAUCUUGAUGAAGAGAUAGGCGGUGAGGAUAAGAGCGAUAUCGUCACACUUCAGUUGCUUCCGGAUAAGGAUAAAGAUCAUCAAGCUGAUAAGGAUAAUACGGAUCCGAGUGAUAUGGAUCCAAUAACGAGUUUAAAUAUAUCAUCAUCUUUAGAUCGGACGGUGGUGGAGUCGUGGUUGACGGUAGAGUGUGUUAAUAACACAUGUACUGAACUGGGAGGGUAUCACAAGCUACAGCUAAGCCGUAUGAAUGAGGGGGAGGAGAUAGUGAUGAGGAUGCUGUAUUUUGACACGUGUCCUUGGUUAGUUUCUGAUGGAUCAAACCGGGUCUAUUGGAUCAACCGGGCGUACCGGAAUAUGUUGGGAGAUCCGAAUGCAGAGGUGACUAUCAAAGUAUGGCUGGUGGUGGCGACGGACCUUAUGGAAGAGAUGUCGUGCAUGGUGGAGUCGUACGGUGCGGUGACAUGCAGGGUUAGGGUUCGGUAUGAUACGUCGACGUGGAGGAAUGAGAAGAGUCACUCGGAGUCAGAAGUGAAGAUGACUGUGCCGUGUGAUGUAUGGAGGAUGGGAUCAUCAGGUGGGUUGGCUUGGAGAUUAGAUGUUGAAUCAGCUCUAACACUUGGAAGGUAUAACUGAAAACAGAACCACUGGUAAGCAACAUUACACUAUGAAAGCAACUUAAUAUAUGCAUGCAUGUAUAUAUACUAACUUAGACUUGUGACUAAUUUUCGUCAGAGUUUUAUCCAGCUCCGGCUUUUAGUACUAUUGUAUGAGAAGAUCCGAACCAUGGAUUAAUUAUCUUAUUUUCUUGUUCCAAAUAUACUGGAUGGUGUUGCUUUGAUAUAAUUGUCUUUUCAUAUAACUAUGGCGUGUAAAGAAAAUGUGUAGGCAAGAUAAUUAUCUGACAAGUGAUUCGCAUUUUAGAUGAUCAGAGCAACAGAAUAUUUGAGUAUGUUUCUGCAGAAUAAUCAUAAAACAAAUGUAAUCUAAUUUUAGUAGAUUCACGAUAUUGUAUAUUAAGUCAUAGAAUAUAGCAGAAUGACUUUUAAAAAUAUAAAUAUGAAUGUUCGGAAAUAAUAGACGGGAUAAUCACGUACGUAAAAAAAUGGUAUAUCAUUCAUCACUUUAGAAUCAUAAUCCCGUAAGGAAAAUAAGGUACGGUAUUGUAGUAAAACUAUAUCCAGUGUAUUUUGAUAUUCUUUAUUUUAAAAUAGAGGAAUUUUAUAAUAGAGAUUUGUUCCAAUGUAGUUUUUAAAAGUAUCAGUUUCUAAAUAUAGAGUAAAAUAUAGAAAAAUGUUAUUUACUUUUUAUAAAAAGAGUAAAAAUUGCAAUUUUUAUUUUAAAAUAAAAAGAGUUUUUAGGAAUAAAAUAAAAUAAAUUAAAAUGUGUUGAAAUAAUUUUGCUUUUAAAUAUUAUUAUAGAGUCAAAUAUAAAAAUGGGUUGGAGAUGCUAAAAUCUCAAAGUACACGUUUUAGGCCUGGGCAUUCGGCGUCCCAAACGGGUUUCGGUUUUAUCCAAUCGGGUUUCGGUUUUUCGGGCUUAUCAAAAUCAGCCCCAUUCGGAUUAUAUGAAAGUUCGGUUCGGGACCGGUUCGGGUUCUAUCGGAUUCGGGUCGGGGUUAGUAAAUCUUCAAAGAACCGGUACAACGAAUAUAC